AUGGACGAAGAAGCUCAGAAGAGGAAAGAACAGGAGUCAGGCAUGGCUUUCUCUCAGGCACAGUUGACCUUCAAGGAUCUGUUCAUAGAUUUCACUCCUGAGGAGUGGGAAUGUCUGGACCCUGCCCAGAGGACCUUGUACAAGGACGUGAUGGUGGAGACCCUCAGGAACCUGCUGUCUGUGGGGAAUUCCCUGACAGUCCAGUGGAUAGGAUUCAGUAGUUUCACUGCAGCGAGCCUGGAUUUAAUCCAUGAUCAGGGAACCAAGAUUUUAUAUGUCUCAUAUACAUAUGAUCAAGAAAUUACAGGCAAAAGCAAACAGUGA